AUGCGCCGACCGCGGCCACCUCUCCGACUUCUCCACCCUCGUCCCACCUACCCAACACUCGCCGCAUGCGCGCUCGCGUCCAAAGCCUGGCUCCCCCGGUCCCGGGCGCACCUCUACCGAGCCGUCUGCCUCUCCAGCCUGGAGCAGGCCGACCGCAUCACCCGCACCGUCCGCGACCAGCCGUGGAUCGGUGAGCUCGUCAAGACGCUGCAGCUCAUCCCUCCAUCAGGAUCCGCGCCGUCUUGUCUGUCGUUCGUGCCGGACGACCUCGUCUCGCGCCUCCCCAACAUUCAAACGUUGUCCCUCCCCACCGACUUCUACAACUCGCAGCCGCUGCGCUUUCAGCGUCUUGCGUACCAGUUCCCGCUCACGGAGCUCCGCCUCGUGAAGCCGGGAAGCGCGCCAGCCGUCAUUCCCUUCCAGCUGCUGUGGACGCUACCUAACCUAAGCUCGCUGCAUUUACGCAUGGAACGGGAAGGAGGGACCACCUUGAACCCGCACAAUCUGGAGCGGCUUCUCGCCAAGCGCAAGACCGUGCCGUUCGGCACUCUGACACAUUUGUCGCUGGAAUUCGUGCUUUAUGAGUCGUGGAAGGACCCGGUCAAGUACACCGUAAGGGUCCUCGCACCACUCGACGAAAUUCUUCUUCUGGACCCUCCUCCACCAACGACCCCCAUCAUGUCGUAUCCCCGAAGCACUACCGACAAACAACAAAUCUAA